AUGCGAGCUGCUGUAACCACUCCGUCGAAUGCUGCGCCCGUGCGGUGCCAAUCAGAGCAUCGUUUGGAUCCGGUCAAGAUUCCAGCAUUUGAUGGUCAACCGGAAGACUGGUUGAUGUUUAAAGACAUUUUCGAAUCAUUGGUGCACAAUCGCACCGAUCUUGACGACAGAUAUAAACUCAGUCGGUUGAGGCAAUGUGUUCACGCUCAGGCAGUACCCAUGGUUGGUGGAGUAUACACGGGGGCCUACAGCCAGCUAUGGGCCGAGUUGAAAAGGCGAUAUGAUAAUCCUCGGCGCUUGGUUGAGUCGCACGUGUAUCGGCUAUUUGACUUGCCGGAACAUCCAGUUCUAACGCAGCACAACGUUCACAACAUUAUCGAUGUGGUGCGCAGUACUUUACGUGCCCUGAACGUAAAGGGUCUGGCAACUGACCAAUGGGAUGCCAUCGUUUGUCCCAUAGUCCCCCGCAAACUACCAACUCCGGCUGUCUCACACUGGACGGUUUUAUACCACGCCGAAACAUUACCUAAUCUGCAGAAAAUGCUAGAGGAGAUCGAGACUUACGCGGAUACUCUGAGAUGCGACCCUAAUGUGUCACUCCGACCGUCAACAGCGCGUCGUGUGGCACAAUCACAUGUAGUUACCCCGAAGUCUCUGAACGCAACCAUGAAAUCGUCGCUGGCCUGUCCACGGUGCUCGGAACCACAUCGCCUGUCAAGAUGUCCACAAUUUCGAGCACUGACUGUAGAUCAACGUUUGAACCUGGUGCGGCAAGCAUAUUUAUGCUAUAAUUGUCUCGGAACUAGCCACUCGGCUAGAGAGUGCAGCUCAAUAUCCUGCAACAACUGCAAACAGAAACACAACACCUUGCUUUGUAAGACUUCUUCAUGCAUCGGGAAGUUACCUGCAACCACCAGUGCGGCAACGCGACCAGCCCCCGCAUUUGAAACAUCUAUCGGCGCCAUUACGCCACAGGUUUUGCCUCGCAUAGAUGUGAUGCAGUCUCUCCUGGCGUAA